AUGGAAGCGUUGCGCCUGCUAGAGAAGUUCGCGAGAGAGCAACGACAAAGGAACGAGAAGACGGCAAGAGCUCUAGGAUUCGCCUCGUGGGAAGAACGCGCCCGCAUUCAGGAUGAAAGGUCUGCUCGGCUCAACGCACUUUACCACAAACAGCGGGGGGAGGAAUGUGCUCGACUGGGUAUAACGAUGGAGGAGCUCGACCGGCGCGAUCCGCAAAACUUUGUUCCUGACUCCUGGGAGCCCGAUGUGGUUGUGACGGCUAGGACUUUAUGUCUCCAGGAUUUGACAAUGUUUGAUAACCUCUCAGAUCACCCUAUACCGUUCUUCGGCCCUAAGGCACUAAUCGACUACCGAUCCCAAGAAUUGAUGCCAUUUCUACAAAACCGAAACCGAGUUACAAUAGAAGAAUUAAGGAUUGAGCCGGGAGACAGCUCGAGACGACUUGAUCAAGAAAUGCUGGAGGAUUUUUGGGCAGUCGAAUUUCAGCAGACCUUAGCAGAUCCUCCGAUAUGGGCUAAGGAGACACGGUAUUACAGAAGAUUUUGCAUGCCAGUCGUUUGCACGCAAAAGAAGCACAUUCCAUGCUAUCUCCGCCCCGCUCUGGGUCCUCCAGCCUGA